AUGUCCUCCAGCGCCGCCCUCCCGCUCCCCUCCGCGGGCGCGGCGCCCUCCCCGCCCAUCAUCGACAUCCUCCGCCUCGCCGCGCACGCCGCCUCCUCCCUCCUCUCCUUCCUCCUCGCGCUCCUCGCGCACCUCCUCACCCCCGCGCUCUACGUCCUCGCGCCCGCGCUCCUCUUCCUCCGCGUCCUCCUCGACGCGCUCGUCCUCGCGCCCCUCGCGCUCGCGCGCGCGGUGCUAAGGGAGGCGUACCCGCUGUAUGUGUUUGGGGGCGCGGCGUGCCUGGGCGCGGUCUGCGUGGGGUACGCGGCGCGGGCGGUGGCGGGCUGGGUGCUCGCGGCGAGCGCGCCCGGUGCUGGUGUGGAUGCUGCGGAUGCUGCGCCGCGGGCGGGGGGGAAGCGGCGGAAGAGGGUGUCGAUCAGGGAGGAGGGGCGGGCGUAG